AGAAUCAAGUAGAAGUAAACAGUAAGCGCAAAAAUACCAAUUUGCUGCGAAAUCUUGCUAAUCGGUACGGUCGAGAAUGAGCCCAACAUCUCGCCAUCGGCACCAAGAUGGCAAACGGGACGCUGACGGGGAGUCUUCACGCGUAACUUUGGAGGAGGACAACGCGAUGCUGACGAACAAGCGAAACGAAAACAAGGCUUGGCCGCUUAAUGCGGGAGUUUCUCGCGAUCCUCGUGGUCUCUUCGGUGUUUACUUGCGACUACCCCGCGCCGCCCGCAUUCAGACCGACUACUACUUCAUGCCAGAUUUUUGUCGGAACGACAAGACGAAAGGUGGCGACGACCCGUCGGUGCGCGCGCACGAUUUUCCCUACAUGCUGACCGAGCAAUUUGGGGCGUGGGCAGGGUGGUUGGCAACCUACGUCCUCCCCUUCGCGGUAAUGGAGUUGGUGCUUUCAGCGGUUGGAUUCCUGCUGUGGGACACGUGGUUGUUCCGCGAUUGCCACCACGUUUUCAUCGACAUGCUGGUGCUCCGAGAAAAGUACCCGGCCGUCUUCGCAAUGCUGGCCGACAAAGAGAAACAACAACACUUCUACAAAACGCGAUAUCUGUCUGGAGAUGAGACCGCUGGCGGUGUUGGUAGUGGGGCAUGUCCCCUAUCCUCGACGCGAGUCCGCUUCCCACAUCGAUACAGAAUCGCGGAUCGACCACUACAAAGCGAGACGGAACUCAUGACGAAGCAAAGUGAAGACGAGGUCGAGGGUACUCAAUCGGAAAUUAGUACGUUCUUUACUAGUUGGCGGGUCGAGUUUUGAUCUUGUUGUGGUGAGAGAGGUGACUAGCUUUUCUCUGCCAUAUGAUCUUCACGAUUAACCCGCCUAGGUGGCUGAAAGUGAAGCAGAUUUUAUUCUUGUUUUUGUUUCUAUGGGACGACGACCGCUCAUCUUGCAGCCGGCGCGAUUAAUGAAUAUCUUUCCAAAACUCAGGGGUAGCGAGAAGCACGCUGCAAGAAUUCUGUUCAACAUUCUCAACUACAUCAAGCACACCCACCUGCCGAUCGAAAAUUUACACAACUUUUCCAUCUACUUGUAGCUGUACUGAAGUCUGAUGUUCAACUUUCUCAACAAAAGCCACGGCUUCUUGUCUUGUGUUUGUGAAGCCCAAAACGGGGGCUUACGGCGAGGACACUCAAAUCUGCGACUUGGCGGUUAUCCACGAUAUGUACAAGACGAGGAAAGCGGAUUGGAACCAAGCGCGGGUCGAUUUCCUGCUCUUUGAGGAACUUCUCGUGACAUCCCGCGACUUUCAGCAAGACUUGCUGCGCCACGGUCUCGUCAAAAGUACUUGUUGUACUCAACAAUUAAAUUUACCGUAAGUUUUUUUUUCAUCUUCUUCUGUCCCACGUUGUAACAAAAAUCUUCGAGUCGUGGUCUCUCGACGACGUAAGUGGCAUCAUCUACGUCUACAGAGGCAAAGUGAGAGGCUUUUUCCACUUUCGACGAACUUCAAAAAUAAGGUAUGUUCCACCCAUUGGUUACGAUUCGCAUUUGGACCAAGCGGCUUGGAGCGGGCCGGGAUCGCGACUUCGUCGCAGCACUUCUCAUUCCUGACGAGCACGAGAUAAUCUCCAACGGGAAACGCAACAAUUCACUUUUGGUCGAAGAACUCCCAGAAGAAGUAGAAUUCCUGACAAAGGAGAAAGAGAAUGACAAGAGUCACAAUACGAAUACGCGCUACGGUGUGCGGACCAAUUCGAACGCCAGUAUGAAAUACACAUGAAGAAACUUGACGGUUGGAAUUGGAAAAUCUAAUUUUUGUACGCCAAAUUGAAAUCAAGUAGAAGCAAAGAGCAAAAAUUUCCGUCCUAAAUCAAACUCCAGCACGACCAACUUAGUGAGUCAAUUCUCGUUUCGUUCCUCUUCGGAUUGUUCAAUUACAAUCAAUUAGGUGGCGGAUACGGCGGGUACAUGGAAAUUCCCUUUUUCGCGACGAUGCUUGAAUUCGCCCAAUGGGCGCAUAACCAAACGGACUUCAUGCCGAUGCUCGGACAUGAUUUUGCUGUAUGCAACGGGGGAGCGUAUUUUAUCGAGACCAACCCGAUGUGCAGCUAUACACGGUACGCCCAUCUUUUCGCGGCGCGGUGCAAGAAACAAAACGGGAGUAAACAUUUCUACACAUUAGAAGAAAUGGAGAGCUAUGUGAGAUCGCACGCAAUCGCAUGGGGGUUGGAUUCAUGAGACGAGCGACGCGCCCGAAAACCAAAACUCGUAUUACUACUGGAUUACGAUACAAUUGAUUCUAUGCAAAACAUUGAUAAUAUAUUUUUUCCGAAUAUUAAUGCUGCUCAUGGUCGUGAGAAAGUACUUAUUCGUCCUGGUGAAGUAGACAUGAAGAUUGAUAAGAAUUACAAUGAUUUAGAAAGAACGCGAAGCCGAAGCGGAUUUCCUAGGGAAUACGGGCAAAAGUGAAGACCAAUGUUGAAAUACUUAAGUUUUAUCUUUCUUGUUGCCAUUGCCAGAGUUUGAUGAAGUAAAUAUCCUUAUGGCUAUGUUCUAUAACUCUCGUGAAGCUUGACUAUUAAUUUUGAAAUUGAAAUUACGAAAAGUGGACGGCAAGAAACAACAAAUUGGACGACAUCAAUGUUUAUUUAAUUGAUUUAUGGAGUGCGAGUGGUAUUUCAUUUUCCGCAAUUGCAAUAUUGAUAUUCGAUGAUUAUCUGAAUCUGAAAACGAAAACGACGUCAGCACCCCUUUCUCCGUGCCCCUGUGAGCGCAACCGUUCUUCCAAAUAGAAGCAGUAGGUCAAAGACAUCAUGUACCUCCAGAAUACACCAGCUUCCACACAACAUCGAGCGAAUUGAAAUAAAAAUAGAGCUUGAAAAUUCCGCUUGGAUCUUCCAUCACAGCAGCAUCGCUCCUUUUCUUCCACCAUUUCAUCUCCUGAGCAUUCAGAAUCAAUCAGAGUACUUGAAGUUGAAGUCGCCAGUACACAUGUGCUCGGGCAACUAGGCGGAGAAGAAGAAUAUCUUGACCUUGAGAAGUACGUGUCUGGCGUUCACGGCCGAAGGCUCAUGGCGAAAGACGUCGUGCGCUUACUGGAAAAAAUAGCGAAGAAAGCAUCACUCUCUUUGAUUCAACUCGACUGAUCUCUCUUGAGUGCUGAAGAUUGUCGGACAAGGAUCAUUCACACAGCCUUGUUUUUGCAGGAGACGUGAUCAACUAAGUACGCUUUGGAUGUAAUAUUUCAAUUUUUGCAACAUGGGA